AUGCCCAUCUUCAACCUCAGACCUGCGGUUUUCGCAACCCGUGGGUUACCCCGAGACGACGGGACGCACGCAAAUUUGGAUCAGCUCAAGCACCAUUGCGUGCAUCGCUUCUUCCCGCGUUUCAGAUGGGCACCAGCGGUCCUCGAAGAGACACAGUCGGCCACAUGGGCGACGAAGGGGUUCGGUUUAUCCUUCCGUGCAGCAGUCACGCCCGCCGACCAACCACCGUCGAGUGGAGGAGGUGGGGGGAUGCUCUUGGAUGUUGCCGAGGAUGGGAAGGAAGCCGCACUACUACUCCACGAAUGCUACCUGACCUUCACCUACCCUCACUCAGUCGCGGUCACGGUCCCCAAGUUCCCUGCCGAGGGGCUCAACAAGGUGCAAACAACAGGGCGGCCGGGGGGUUCCGAGGACGGAAGAGGGAUAGUUCCAACCAUUCGCUUUCACCUGACCGACCUAGCCCGUUGGAUCAGCGGCCAGGAGAAGAUGUCUCGGCUGUUGCUGGCGACGCCGUCGGGGAACACAUAUCGGUUCCCGCCCGUCACCAUCUCAACCAACGGCUUGCCUACCUCUGUCACCGAGGUCCCCCGGUACGGGACUUCGUACUAUCGCGGAAACGAGCUCAGCUUUCAUAUCCUCCAAUCUGGCGGCGUCGGUUCGGAUCUCGUCGACCGCGUGAUCAAGGCUCAGCGUCUCACGGCGGUCUUCCUUGCAGGUGACAAAGUUCAUCGUUCUGCAACCAGAGAUUCUGCCCUGACUUUUACAACACCACGCCGGACCGAGAAGCCAUUGGACGCACUCCGUUAUCCCAUUGCUCCAAGAGGUGGUGGUGGAGAGGCGCCCUGGGAGCACGUGGUGUAG